GUUUUGCGAGAAGAAGGAAAACCUCCUACAACAUCGAAAUUACAACAAGAAAAAAAAAAAGUAUACACAAUGGGAGAACUCUUAUAUAAAAAUGACCACAUUCAAGAUACUUGGAAUGUGUUCCGAUUUGAUACAAAUAUUGAUACUCAAUAUAUUGAAAUGGAAGAUUUCAGUGAAAAAAACUUUGAAUCAGAGAUCUCUACUUCAAUUAACGGGUACAACAAACCUCU